CUAUGCAAAAUCUCCGUGUAUUUUCAGCUUUUAUUUAUACUGCAUACUCUCGAUUUACAAGUAGACAGAAUGUUAUUUAGUUGCGGAGAAUCGAGUUAAUGGGGCAGCGUCGAACAAAGCCAUCCAACGAAAAUAGAAAAUAAUGCGAGUUUCGUAAAUCUGACUUUCCCUACAUCUCGAGUAGAGUCAUAGUUUUACGUUGUUAAUCAGCUCACAGUUAAUUCCUGAAGAAGACUGGUAAAUUCUGCGCGAUGUAGAAGAUCGCAAUCGGCAAUCGGCGCAGCGUGUCUUCUUAGGGCAGAUGCGUGCGCGCGCGCGCAUCCAAGUUUAGACACAAAGAAAAAGCCGAGUUUAAAAGGAGUUCGUUGGCUCGCUGUGAUUCAUUUGGUCGGCAACGGUAUAAGCAGAAGGACACUGAGUUUUUUUACAAAGUGAAUUUGAAAAGGGACGCUCCAAAGGGAAAGGCACCCUUGGGAAACGAUGUCGUUCUACAUAAAAUUGUCGCCUUAUUCGGCACAAAGAGAGGCAGUGUAUAAGGAGUAGCUAUUAUUAUACAUCAGGUUGUUUUGAUUUAGAAUCUCAUCGAGGAUUAGAGGAAAAAAAGGGCUUAUUCCUGACUUUAUUCUCGUCGACCUCGCAGCGUCAGUUGGCUUUACGAAUGCCAUGCGAGGUAAACACCGAAAUCACGAGUCGCUCUCAGUUUAGAGUUAUUCGAACAGAGAAUAGAAGUUCUUUCUGGUUUUCAAGAAGGCGAAGCCCGAAAACGUGUAGGAAGCGGAAAACUUCGAGGGUAAAUUUAGUCGAGGAUUCAGAUGCGAGUGCCUGGGAGAAUGUUACGCCGUAACGAACGAAACGAUGUGAGAAUCCGAGAAGAACUGCGUCCAACUUUGCGACGAUUCAACAAUCAUCAACAGCAUCAAGUGGAGUCGCGAAUUACAUUUCGUAGAGGCAUCGGUCAUCACGGGAGUCUAGCUGCGCCGUCGCGUCGUUCUAGAAUGAAAAUGGACGCCUUUGCCCAAGAUAAACAGAAGACUGAAGCACCAACCGGCCGUAUCACGGAGAUAGAUGAAGAAAAACAGAUAUUUCAGCAGGUGGAUCUCUUCUCCCUGGGAUUCUCUAGGUUUGAAGAAAUUCGCAGACAAGGAAAGCUUUGUGAUGUCACGCUUAAGGUGGAUGAUCAGAGCUUCAGUGCCCACAGGAUAGUCCUUGCCGUAAUGAUUCCCUACUUUAAAGCAAUGUUCCUUAAUAAUAUGAUGGAGAGCAAACAAAAAGAUAUCACUUUGCAAGGGAUCGACGCCAUUGCAGCAGAGGCGCUCAUCAAUUUUGCAUAUAGUGGUCGCAUCACAUUAACCAACAAUAAUGUACAGAGUAUUAUGGUAGGUGCUGCAUUUUUUCAACUUCUCAAAGUUAAAGAUGCUUGCGCAGAUUUUUUAAAGAGGAGAUUUCAUCCUCAAAAUGCUUUGGGCAUUCGACGGUUUGCUGAUACUUUAAGCUGUGCUCCACUCAUGGUAGACGCAGACAAAUAUAUUCAACAGUAUUUUCAUGAAGUGGCAUUGGCUGAUGAGUUUUUCAGUCUGACAUAUUUGGAGCUUAAGGAGCUGGUUUCCAGGGACGAGCUACAUGUUGUUUCAGAAGAGAAAGUUUUUGAAGCUGUUAUGAGAUGGAUUAAGUAUGACAGUGAAAGCAGAGUCAUUUAUUUACCAGAAUUAUUAUCUCUUGUCAGAUUGCCUCUACUCACACCUCAUUAUCUAGCUGACCAUAUAGCAAAAGAGGAACUUAUCAGAAGUUCUCAUCAAUGCAGGGAUUUAUUAGAUGAAGCGCGAGAUUAUCAUUUAAUGCCAGAAAGGCGUCAUUUGGUACAAACAUUUCGAUCACGUCCAAGGUGCUGCAAUUAUAUGAUGGGACAUAUUUUUGCAGUCGGUGGACUUACCAAGUAUGGUGAUUCAUUGAGUACAGUUGAAGUGUACGAUCCUUUCAUUGAAAAAUGGCAGACCUCUGAAGCCAUGAUGAUGUUAAGAAGUAGAGUAGGUGUAGCUGUACAUAAAAAUAAAUUAUAUGCAUUUGGUGGCUACAAUGGCCUCGAAAGGCUGGCUACUGUCGAGGUAUACGAUCCAGCUGUAAAGAGUUGGAAAAUUAUAGCCCCAAUGCACUGUAAACGAAGUGCCGUAGGUACAGCGGCUUUAAAUAACUAUUUAUAUGUAUGUGGUGGUUAUGAUGGUAUAUCAUCGUUAAACACAGUUGAAAGAUAUUGUCCAGAGAAAGAUAAAUGGAGGAUGAUAAGUCCAAUGAAUAAAUAUCGCUCAGCUGGCGGAGUCGUCGCUUUCCAAGGAUGCAUUUACGCUCUUGGCGGACAUGACGGCCUCUCUAUAUUCGAUUCGGUGGAGAGGUAUGAUCCCAAAAUAGGCGUCUGGACAUCUGUGAAGUCCAUGUUGACCAGAAGGUGCAGAUUAGGCGUCGCGACGCUUAAUGGAAAACUCUACGUCUGCGGUGGCUACGACGGAUCAACUUUUUUACAAUCCGUCGAAGUCUAUGAUCCAGUUUCUGACAAGUGGAACUAUGUGGCGCCAAUGAACGUAAUGCGAAGUCGUGCCGCUUUGGUGGCUAAUAUGGGAAAACUAUGGGCAAUUGGCGGUUACGAUGGCGUCUCUAAUCUCUCAACUGUUGAAGUUUAUGAUCCAGAAGCAGAUUCUUGGUCCUUCGCUGCCUCGAUGUGCGCGCACGAGGGCGGCGUAGGCGUUGGUGUGAUACCGAUAUGUUGAGUUUGGCGGAUUUUAUAUUAACGCUUUUAUUUAUUUUUUUUUUAUUGAAACCUACGCUAACUGUUUUUAAUUUAAAGAAUGUUACAUAGGCUGUAGUGGCAAGCGAGACCUUUUAAUUUAUUAACAGAAGAAUCUAUUAAAGAAGAAUGACUCGAGGUAACGAACGAAAAAUUGAGUAUAUUCUGAGUGUUAAGAAUACAUUUCUUAGUGAACACAAUUUUACAAGAAAAGUUUUUCUUAGCCUCUUAGAUCCAGAUUUGAGCUAGGGUAUCCAAUAAAAAACCGAGGUAUAUUUGUGGUUUGUCCACCCGUUCAAUGUUUUUUUUUAGAGUUCACUAACAAUACAAUCCUUAGCAAAUCAUACGUGCUUUUUCAUAAAAUCACGAUACAUGCAUAAAAAUAGAAGAGUAAAAUAUAUUUCACUGUUGAACCAUGCAUGUGUACAGUUUGGAAUACGAAUUUUUAAACCAUUGUUUUCGAUGUAAGAAAAAAUAUUGAACUCGUGAAUCGAGUACAAGUUCCACUUUUGUAUAAGUCGAUUGGCCUGAUUGGCCUAGUAUCAUUAGUGGAAAGAAUGAUAAGCUGGACAACAAAGAUUAAUGUAACGAUAAAAAAAGACGUGAAGAAGAAAGAAAUUAUUGAUCUCAUUUUAUAUUUCUGAUACUACGUAAUUUGUAAUUAAGUUCUGUGUCGUUUAUAGGAGAAAUACAGACUUUGGCUCAUUGCCAACUACGCUCUAUGAUAAUUCACUUGUGCUUCUAUUCUAUUAUUAUUCACUGUAAUUUAUCUUGUUCAAUAGUAAUUGAUUAGUUAUUAUUGUCGUUUGGUCCACGAUGGCACUGGCUACUACUAGCGUUGGUUCAAACUUUUAUUAGAAUUGUCUGGUUGUGCAUCAUCUCCUUUAUGAUUUCUAAUAACGUACUUAUUAUUUUAAGAUAAUUGUCUUGACCAACAUUAAAAUCAGACUCUGCUGUUAUCGUAGAACGAUUUCGACUAUUUCUUAUAUUCUCAGAUUGUUGUUCAUCCGAUAAGGACUAAAUGACUGUAUGUACAAGAUCCCUCAGUCUCUGUUAGGUUAUCUGAGAGCACUGACUCUCGCCAGGGUUCUACCUGCAUUAAUGAAAAUAUGUGUAAUUGUCAAUUAUAUAACUAUUAAGGAAUUCCAGUAAAAUUAUUCUCAGGAGAUA